AUCGGUAGUAAUAGCAGUUCACGGAGCGCAGUUACAGUGCAAAUUGUGAUAGGUACUUUACUAGGUAUAUUCGUUAUAUUUUGGAAACUCCGUCGUGGUUUAACAGCAUUAAAGAGAAGAGCUAAAAAGUUCAUCUGUCUUUCUUUCCUGCUUAACAGAAAGGACCGUGUUAUGACUCUAAAUAAACUGAAAAACAAGGAUAGAAGACGUAGUAGCAUGCCCUUUUCCAUGAACCAGCAACAUCUUCACAGACGCAGCAUGCCAGUGGAUGAACGAGACCUGCACAGCAACCUUCUGCCUUCCCUGCCCCAAGAAGACGUCUCGAACCUGGUCCGCUGCACAUCCUAUAACCCAGAGGAGCAGCACAGAGACAGUUGGGCUUCAGAUUCCUCUGAUUCUGUUAUAUCAUCCAGUAGUGACUGUGACACCGGUGUUUAUAAAGUCAUCAUUCUAGGGGAUCACGGCGUUGGCAAAUCCAGCCUGGCAAAGAUAUUUGGCGGAAUAGGGGAAGCCCCGGAAUCAGAAGACGCAGGGAAUACCUACGACAGGUCAAUGGUUGUAGACGGAGAAGAGGCGUCCCUUUUAGUGUUUGAUAUAUGGGAACAGGAUGACAGUAACUGGCUUCAGAAUCACUGUAUGAAAAUGGGUGAUGCCUACGUCAUUGUGUAUUCAGUAACAGACAAAGCAAGUUUUGAAAAAGCAUCAGAGUUAAGAAUUCAGCUAAGACGAGCCAGACAAGCAGAAGAUAUCCCAAUUAUUCUUGUAGGAAACAAAAGCGAUUUAGUACGGUCAAGAGAAGUGUCAGUUGAAGAGGGUCGUGCAUGUGCUGUAGUAUUUGACUGCAAGUUUAUAGAGACCUCAGCAGCUCUUCACCAUAAUGUGAAGGACCUUUUUGAGGGUAUUGUUCGGCAGGUCCGAUUACGAAAAGACAGCAAGGAGGACAAUGCAAGAAGAAUGGCGAAUACUAAAAGGAGAGAAAGCAUCAGUAAGAAGGCAAAACGUUUUCUGGGGAGAAUUGUGGCCAAAAACAAUAAGAAAAUGGCUUUCAAACAAAAGUCAAAAUCCUGCCAUGACUUAUCUGUACUUUAAACCUGGACAAGAGACCCAAAGACCAAAGCUGUGUAGCCAGUUGCCUGACAUUAAUCAUAUCACUGAACUACAGUGAAAAGACAUGCUGAUGGGUAGUUUAAUGGUGAUGCAUUACCAACUAAGCUUGACAUACAUAUUCUUUUCACCUAUCUUGCUGCCUUAAAAACCACAACCAGUGGAAAAACUGUAAUAAGCCAUAUUCUUUGUAUUUUUUCAGUUUCUGUUUACUCUAGAUGAAUUGAUUCAGCUACAGACUUGACAUUUUCUAGAGCUGUUUCUAUUUCUGUAGUCUGUUGUUCAUGGGUCACAUGGAUAUUACUAUGAAGAAGGCAUGGGACUUUUUUAUGAACUGCUGGAGAUCACCAUUAAACCACCUAGUAUUGCAAUGCAAAAGAAAAAAAAAAGACUUGAAAUGUGGUACGCAGGCUCGUACUUACAUCAUUUGAAUCUAAUAAUAAAUGUGAAUAUAAUAAUAAAUGUGAAACGUCAAUACAUUUCAUCUGUUUUAAUAUAAGUAGAGAUACUUAAGUGACACGUAUUCAAAGAAGCAAUAAAAUGUAACUGUGUCCUUUCAGUAUUGUGUUAUGAUGUUAAUUUGCACUUCCUUUAAAUAUCAUUCAAUAAUUUGUUAUACGUUUACAUACAACUUUUGUAAUAAAAUGUUUACAAUUGAA